AUGAUAAUAUUAAUAUUUCUUCUGCUGCUUGGCCACAGCCAGGCAAGCACUUUGCCCAAUGGAUGUCCAUCAGACUUUGAAAUCCAGGCACUUCUUGCUCACGAGACCGACUGUUCUACAUUUUAUCAAUGUAGCAAUGGAAACAAAGUCCUCAUGCGAUGUCCUAUAGGGACACUGUUUGAUGUGAACUUACAGAUUUGCGAAUGGGCAAGCUCUGUUGAUUGCUACCCUCAAACGACUACAACAACAACAAUAUCAACAACGACGACGACAUCAACAACAACAACAACACCACCACCAUUAUCAUCAACGACAAUAAAACCACCAUCAAUAACAACAGUACCUUCAUCAACAACAGAAACAACCACACCAGUAUCAACAACAACAACCCAGCAACCAUCAACAACAACAACAACAACAACUACAACAACAUCUAGACCAACAACACCUGAUGAUUGUCCACCAGACUUUAGAAUUAUUAUGGAAAUACCGCACGAAAAAUGUGACCAUCCGGAAAAUGUUCGAUGUCUACAUGAUUCUCCACGAAUUAAAAGAAGUGCUGAGGGAAGUGUCGAAAGUAUUAUUGGAAAAACGCCUAAAUUUGAAGCAUUACCAAACGGAUGUCCUGCUGAUUUUCACGUGCACCAUCUACUUCCUCAUGAGGCAGAUUGUACGAAAUUUUACACCUGCAAUUUUGGAAUAAAAGUUGAAAUGGCCUGUGCGCCGGGCUUAUAUUUUAAUUUUGAAAUACAGACAUGUGACUGGCCGAGUAAUGUCCAAUGCAUAAAUAAUGGGUCUUCCCCAGGAACUACUGAAGGAAGUACCGAGGGAACUACCGAAAUUGAUACCAUAACUAAACCUGAAAUUGAAGUAUUGCCAAAUGGAUGUCCUCUAGAUUUUAGCAUACAUUUACUUCUUCCUCAUGAAACAGAUUGUGAAAAAUUUUAUUAUUGUAAUUUUGGUCAAAAAGUUGUAAGGAAUUGUGCCCCUGGAACAUAUUUUGACGCCAAGCUACAGGUUUGCAAUUGGCCAAAUUUAGUGGACUGCCCUAUUCAACCAACCAGUACCAGCACAUCAGAAGCGUCAACAGCUCAAGAAACGACAUUGCCAGGAGGAGAAACAACUCCUGCGCAGACAACAACCACUACUUCUGUACCAUCAAUAACCACUCCAGAAACCACAUCUCCAGGAGGUGAAUCGACAACUACAACGCCUACAACGAUUCCUCCAGUAACGUCGCCUACGGUUCAAGAAACCACAACGUCAGGAUACGACACAACGACUGAUGAGCCUACAACAGAUCCAUCAGUAACGACAACUAUAUCUCAAGGAACUACAGAACCUGGAGGAGAAACAACAACUGCGCAGACAACAACCACUACAUCUGUACCAACGACAAGUCCUCCAGCAACCACAUCUUCAGGAGGAGAAUCUACGACAACAAUGCCAACAACGAAUCCUCCAGUAACGUCGACUACGGUCCAAGAAACCACAACGCCAGAAUAUGAUACAACGACUGAUGGGCCUACAACAGAUCCAUCAGUAAUGACAACUACUUCUCAAGAAACUACAGCGCCAGGAGGAGAAACAACAACUACGCAGACAACAACCACUACAUCUGUACCAACGACAAGUCCUCAAGAAUCCACAUCUCCAAGAGAAGAAUCUACGACUACAACGCCUACAACGAUUCCUCCAGUAACGUCGACUACGGUUCAAGACACCACGACGUCAGGAUACGACACAACGACUGAUGAGCCUACAACAGAUCCAUCAGUAACGACAACUACAUCUCAAGAAACUACAGCACCAGGAGGAGAAACAACAACUGCGGAGACAACAACCACUAGUUCUGUACCAUCAACAAUCACUCCAGAAACCACAUCUCCAGGAGGUGAAUCGACAGCUACAACGCCUACAACGAUUCCUCCAGUAACGUCGACUACGGUUCAAGAAACCACAACAUCAGGAUACGACACAACGACUGAUGAGCCUACAACAGAUCCAACAGUAACGACAACUACAUCUCAAGGAACUACAGCGCCAGGAGGAGAAACAACAACUACGCAGACAACAACCACUACAUCUGUACCAACGACAAGUCCUCCAGCAACCACAUCUCCAGGAGGAGAAUCUACGACAACAAUGCCAACAACGAAUCCUCCAGUAACAUCGACUACGGUUCAAGAAACCACAACGCCAGAAUAUGAUACAACGACUGAUGGGCCUACAACAGAUCCAUCAGCAAUGACAACUACUUCUCAAGAAACUACAGCGCCAGGAGGAGAAACAACAACUGCGGAGACAACAACCACUAGUUCUGUACCAUCAACAAUAACGUCGCCUACGGUUCAAGAAACCACAACGUCAGGAUACGACACAACGACUGAUGAGCCUACAACAGAUCCAUCAGUAACGACAACUACAUCUCAAGGAACUACAGCGCCAGGAGGAGAAACAACAACUACGCAGACAACAACCACUACAUCUGUACCAACGACAAGUCCUCCAGCAACCACAUCUCCAGGAGGAGAAUCUACGACAACAAUGCCAACAACGAAUCCUCCAGUAACAUCGCCUACGGUUCAAGAAACCACAACGUCAGGAUACGACACAACGACUGAUGAGCCUACAACAGAUCCAUCAGUAACGACAACUAUAUCUCAAGGAACUACAGAACCUGGAGGAGAAACAACAACUGCGCAGACAACAACCACUACAUCUGUACCAACGACAAGUCCUCCAGCAACCACAUCUCCAGGAGGAGAAUCUACGACAACAAUGCCAACAACGAAUCCUCCAGUAACAUCGACUACGGUUCAAGAAACCACAACGCCGGAAUAUGAUACAACGACUGAUGGGCCUACAACAGAUCCAUCAGUUAUGACAACUACUUCUCAAGAAACUACAGCGCCAGGAGGAGAAACAACAACUACGCAGACAACGACCACUACUUCUGUACCAACGACAAGUCCUCAAGAAUCCACAUCUCCAGGAGAAGAAUCUACGACUACAACGCCUACAACGAUUCCUCCAGUAACGUCGACUACGGUUCAAGACACCACGACGUCAGAAUACGACACAACGACUGAUGAGCCUACAACAGAUCCAUCAGUAACGACAACUACAUCUCAAGGAACUACAGAACCUGGAGGAGAAACAACAACUGCGCAGACAACAACCACUACAUCUGUACCAACGACAAGUCCUCCAGCAACCACAUCUCCAGGAGGAGAAUCUACGACAACAAUGCCAACAACGAAUCCUCCAGUAACAUCGACUACGGUUCAAGAAACCACAACGCCAGAACCUGAUACAACGACUGAUGGGCCUACAACAGAUCCAUCAGUUAUGACAACUACUUCUCAAGAAACUACAGCGCCAGGAGGAGAAACAACAACUACGCAGACAACGACCACUACUUCUGUACCAACGACAAGUCCUCCAGCAACCACAUCUCCAGGAGAAGAAUCUACGACUACAACGCCUACAACGAUUCCUCCAGUAACGUCGCCUACGGUUCAAGAAACCACAACGUCAGGAUACGACACAACGACUGAUGAGCCUACAACAGAUCCAUCAGUAACGACAACUAUAUCUCAAGGAACUACAGAACCUGGAGGAGAAACAACAACUGCACAGACAACAACCACUACAUCUGUACCAACGACAAGUCCUCCAGCAACCACAUCUCCAGGAGGAGAAUCUACGACUACAACGCCUACAACGAUUCCUCCAGUAACGUCGCCUACGGUUCAAGAAACCACAACGUCAGGAUACGACACAACGACUGAUGACCCUACAACAGAUCCAUCAGUAAUGACAACUACAUCUCAAGGAACUACAGCGCCAGGAGGAGAAACAACAACUACGCAGACAACAACCACUACUUCUGUACCAACGACAAGUCCUCAAGAAUCCACAUCUCCAGGAGGAGAAUCUACGACUACAACGCCUACAACGAUUCCUCCAGUAACGUCGACUACGGUUCAAGAAAUCACAACAUCAGGAUACGACACAACGACUGAUGAGCCUACAACAGAUCCAACAGUAACGACAACUACAUCUCAAGGAACUACAGCGCCAGGAGGAGAAACAACAACUACGCAGACAACAACCACUACUUCUGUGCCAACGACAAGUCCUCAAGAAUCCACAUCUCCAGGAGGAGAAUCUACGACUAUAACGCCUACAACGAUUCCUCCAGUAACGUCGACUACGGUUCAUGAAACCACAACGCCAGAAUAUGAUACAACGACGGAUGGGCCUACAACAGAUCCAUCAGUAAUGACAACUACUUCUCAAGAAACUACAGCGCCAGGAGGAGAAACAACACCUACGCAGACAACAACCACUACUUCUGUACCAACGACAAGUCCUCAAGAAUCCACAUCUCCAGGAGAAGAAUCUACGACUACAACGCCUACAACGAUUCCUUCAGUAACGUCGACUACGGUUCAAGAAACCACAACGUUAGGAUACAACACAACAACUGAUGAGCCUACAACAGAUCCAUCAGUAAUGACAACUACUUCUCAAGGAACUACAGUACCUGGAGGAGAAACAACAACUGCGGAGACAACAACCACUAGUUCUGUACCAUCAACAACUCCUCAGGAAACCACAUCUCCGGGAGGAGAAUCGACGACUAUAACGCCUACAACGAUUCCUCCAGUAACGUCGACUACGGUUCAAGACACCACGACGUCAGGAUACGACACAACGACUGAUGAGCCUACAACAGAUCCAACAGUAACGACAACUACAUCUCAAGGAACUACAGCGCCAGAAGGAGAAACAACAACUACGCAGACAACAACCACUACAUCUGUACCAACGACAAGUCCUCCAGCAACCACAUCUCCAGAAGGAGAAUCUACGACAACAAUGCCAACAACGAAUCCUCCAGUAACAUCGACUACGGUUCAAGAAACCACAACGCCAGAAUAUGAUACAACGACUGAUGGGCCUACAACAGAUCCAUCAGUAAUGACAACUACUUCUCAAGAAACUACAGCGCCAGGAGGAGAAACAACACCUACGCAGACAAGAACCACUACUUCUGUACCAACGACAAGUCCUCCAGCAACCACAUCUCCAGGAGGAGAAUCUACGACAACAACGCCUACAACUAUUCCUCCAGUAACGUCGCCUACGGUUCAAGAAACCACAACGUUAGGAUACGACACAACGACUGAUGAGCCUACAACAGAUCCAUCAGUAAUGACAACUACUUCUCAAAAAUCUACAGCGCCAGGAGGAGAAACAACAACUACGCAGACAACGACCACUACUUCUGUACCAACGACAAGUCCUCAAGAAUUCACAUCUCCAGGAGAAGAAUCUACGACUACAACGCCUACAACGAUUCCUCCAGUAACGUCGACUACGGUUCAAGACACCACGACGUCAGGAUACGACACAACGACUGAUGAGCCUACAACAGAUCCAUCAGUAACGACAACUACAUCUCAAGAAACUACAGCGCCAGGAGGAGAAACAACAACUGCGGAGACAACAACCACUAGUUCUGUACCAUCAACAACUCCUCAGGAAACCACAUCUCCAGGAGGAGAAUCGACGACUAUAACGCCUACAACGAUUCCUCCAGUAACGUCGACUACGGUUCAAGAAACCACAACAUCAGGAUACGACACAACGACUGAUGAGCCUACAACAGAUCCAUCAGUAAUGACAACUACAUCUCAAGGAACUACAGUACCUGGAGGAGAAACAACAACUGCGCAGACAACAACCACUACUUCUGUACCAACGACAAGUCCUCAAGAAUCCACAUCUCCAGGAGGAGAAUCUACGACUACAACGCCUACAACGAUUCCUCCAGUAACGUCGACUACGGUUCAAGAAAUCACAACAUCAGGAUACGACACAACGACUGAUGAGCCUACAACAGAUCCAACAGUAACGACAACUACAUCUCAAGGAACUACAGCGCCAGAAGGAGAAACAACAACUACGCAGACAACAACCACUACUUCUGUACCAACGACAAGUCCUCAAGAAUCCACAUCUCCAGGAGAAGAAUCUACGACUACAACGCCUACAACGAUUCCUUCAGUAACGUCGACUACGGUUCAAGAAACCACAACGUUAGGAUACAACACAACAACUGAUGAGCCUACAACAGAUCCAUCAGUAAUGACAACUACUUCUCAAGGAACUACAGUACCUGGAGGAGAAACAACAACUGCGGAGACAACAACCACUAGUUCUGUACCAUCAACAACUCCUCAGGAAACCACAUCUCCGGGAGGAGAAUCGACGACUAUAACGCCUACAACGAUUCCUCCAGUAACGUCGACUACGGUUCAAGACACCACGACGUCAGGAUACGACACAACGACUGAUGAGCCUACAACAGAUCCAACAGUAACGACAACUACAUCUCAAGGAACUACAGCGCCAGAAGGAGAAACAACAACUACGCAGACAACAACCACUACAUCUGUACCAACGACAAGUCCUCCAGCAACCACAUCUCCAGGAGGAGAAUCUACGACAACAAUGCCAACAACGAAUCCUCCAGUAACAUCGACUACGGUUCAAGAAACCACAACGCCAGAAUAUGAUACAACGACUGAUGGGCCUACAACAGAUCCAUCAGUAAUGACAACUACUUCUCAAGAAACUACAGCGCCAGGAGGAGAAACAACACCUACGCAGACAACAACCACUACUUCUGUACCAACGACAAGUCCUCAAGAAUCCACAUCUCCAGGAGAAGAAUCUACGACUACAACGCCUACAACGAUUCCUCCAGUAACGUCGACUACGGUUCAAGAAACCACAACAUCAGGAUACGACACAACGACUGAUGAGCCUACAACAGAUCCAACAGUAACGACAACUACAUCUCAAGGAACUACAGCGCCAGAAGGAGAAACAACAAUUACGCAGACAACAACCACUACAUCUGUACCAACGACAAGUCCUCCAGCAACCACAUCUCCAGGAGGAGAAUCUACGACAACAAUGCCAACAACGAAUCCUCCAGUAACAUCGACUACGGUUCAAGAAAUCACAACAUCAGAAUACGACACAACGACUGAUGAGCCUACAACAGAUCCAACAGUAACGACAACUACAUCUCAAGGAACUACAGCGCCAGAAGGAGAAACAACAACUACGCAGACAACAACCACUACUUCUGUACCAACGACAAUUCCUCAAGAAUCCACAUCUCCAGGAGAAGAAUCUACGACUACAACGCCUACAACGAUUCCUUCAGUAACGUCGACUACGGUUCAAGAAACCACAACGUCAGGAUACAACACAACAACUGAUGAGCCUACAACAGAUCCAUCAGUAACGACAACUACAUCUCAAGGAACUACAGUACCUGGAGGAGAAACAACAACUGCGCAGACAACAACAUCUACUUCUGUACCAUCAACAACUCCUCCGGGAACCACAUCUCCAGGAGGAGAAUCGACGACUAUAACGCCUACAACGAUUCCUCCAGUAACGUCGACUACGGUUCAAGAAACCACAACAUCAGGAUACGACACAACGACUGAUGAGCCUACAACAGAUCCAUCAGUAACGACAACUACAUCUCAAGGAACUACAGCGCCAGAAGGAGAAACAACAACUACGCAGACAACAACCACUACAUCUGUACCAACGACAAGUCCUCCAGCAACCACAUCUCCAGGAGGAGAAUCUACGACAACAAUGCCAACAACGAAUCCUCCAGUAACAUCGACUACGGUUCAAGAAACCACAACGCCAGAAUAUGAUACAACGACUGAUGGGCCUACAACAGAUCCAUCAGUAAUGACAACUACUUCUCAAGAAACUACAGCGCCAGGAGGAGAAACAACAACUACGCAGACAACAACCACUACUUCUGUACCAACGACAAGUCCUCCAGCAACCACAUCUCCAGGAGGAGAAUCUACGACAACAAUGCCUACAACGAAUCCUCCAGUAACGUCGACUACGGUUCAAGAAACCACAACGCCAGAAUAUGACACAACGACUGAUGAGCCUACAACAGAUCCAUCAGUAACGACAACUACAUCCAAGGAAACUACAGCGCCAGGAGGAGAAACAACACCUACGCAGACAACAACCACUACUUCUGUACCAACGACAAGUCCUCCAGCAACCACAUCUCCAGGAGGAGAAUCUACGACAACAAUGCCAACAACGAAUCCUCCAGUAACAUCGACUACGGUUCAAGAAACCACAACGCCAGAAUAUGAUACAACGACUGAUGGGCCUACAACAGAUCCAUCAGUAAUGACAACUACUUCUCAAGAAUCUACAGCGCCAGGAGGAGAAACAACAACUACGCAGACAACGACCACUACUUCUGUACCAACGACAAGUCCUCAAGAAUCCACAUCUCCAGGAGAAGAAUCUACGACUACAACGCCUACAACGAUUCCUCCAGUAACGUCGACUACGGUUCAAGACACCACGACGUCAGGAUACGACACAACGACUGAUGAGCCUACAACAGAUCCAUCAGUAACGACAACUACAUCUCAAGAAACUACAGCGCCAGGAGGAGAAACAACAACUGCGGAGACAACAACCACUAGUUCUGUACCAUCAACAACCACUCCAGAAACCACAUCUCCAGGAGGUGAAUCGACAACUACAACGCCUACAACGAUUCCUCCAGUAACGUCGCCUACGGUUCAAGAAACCACAACGUCAGGAUACGACACAACGACUGAUGAGCCUACAACAGAUCCAUCAGUAAUGACAACUACAUCUCAAGGAACUACAGCGCCAGGAGGAGAAACAACAACUACGCAGACAACAACCACUACUUCUGUACCAACGACAAGUCCUCAAGAAUCCACAUCUCCAGGAGGAGAAUCUACGACUACAACGCCUACAACGAUUCCUCCAGUAACGUCGACUACGGUUCAAGAAAUCACAACAUCAGGAUACGACACAACGACUGAUGAGCCUACAACAGAUCCAACAGUAACGACAACUACAUCUCAAGGAACUACAGCGCCAGAAGGAGAAACAACAACUACGCAGACAACAACCACUACUUCUGUACCAACGACAAGUCCUCAAGAAUCCACAUCUCCAGGAGAAGAAUCUACGACUACAACGCCUACAACGAUUCCUUCAGUAACGUCGACUACGGUUCAAGAAACCACAACGUUAGGAUACAACACAACAACUGAUGAGCCUACAACAGAUCCAUCAGUAAUGACAACUACUUCUCAAGGAACUACAGUACCUGGAGGAGAAACAACAACUGCGGAGACAACAACCACUAGUUCUGUACCAUCAAUAACUCCUCAGGAAACCACAUCUCCGGGAGGAGAAUCGACGACUAUAACGCCUACAACGAUUCCUCCAGUAACGUCGACUACGGUUCAAGACACCACGACGUCAGGAUACGACACAACGACUGAUGAGCCUACAACAGAUCCAACAGUAACGACAACUACAUCUCAAGGAACUACAGAGCCAGAAGGAGAAACAACAACUACGCAGACAACAACCACUACAUCUGUACCAACGACAGGUCCUCCAGCAACCACAUCUCCAGAAGGAGAAUCUACGACAACAAUGCCAACAAUGAAUCCUCCAGUAACAUCGACUACGGUUCAAGAAACCACAACGCCAGAAUAUGAUACAACGACUGAUGGGCCUACAACAGAUCCAUCAGUAAUGACAACUACUUCUCAAGAAUCUACAGCGCCAGGAGGAGAAACAACAACUACGCAGACAACGACCACUACUUCUGUACCAUCAACAACCACUCCAGAAACCACAUCUCCAGGAGGUGAAUCGACAACUACAACGCCUACAACUAUUCCUCCAGUAACGUCGCCUACGGUUCAAGAAACCACAACGUCAGGAUACGACACAACGACUGAUGAGCCUACAACAGAUCCAUCAGUAAUGACAACUACAUCUCAAGGAACUACAGCGCCAGGAGGAGAAACAACAACUACGCAGACAACAACCACUACUUCUGUACCAACGACAAGUCCUCCAGCAACCACAUCUCCAGGAGGAGAAUCUACGACAACAAUGCCAACAACGAAUCCUCCAGUAACAUCGACUACGGUUCAAGAAACCACAACGCCAGAAUAUGAUACAACGACUGAUGGGCCUACAACAGAUCCAUCAGUAAUGACAACUACUUCUCAAGAAACUACAGCGCCAGGAGGAGAAACAACACCUACGCAGACAACAACCACUACUACUGUACCAACGACAAGUCCUCAAGAAUCCACAUCUCCAGGAGAAGAAUCUACGACUACAACGCCUACAACGAUUCCUUCAGUAACGUCGACUACGGUUCAAGAAACCACAACGUCAGGAUACAACACAACAACUGAUGAGCCUACAACAGAUCCAUCAGUAAUGACAACUACUUCUCAAGGAACUACAGUACCUGGAGGAGAAACAACAACUGCGGAGACAACAACCACUAGUUCUGUACCAUCAACAACUCCUCAGGAAACCACAUCUCCGGGAGGAGAAUCGACGACUAUAACGCCUACAACGAUUCCUCCAGUAACGUCGACUACGGUUCAAGACACCACGACGUCAGGAUACGACACAACGACUGAUGAGCCUACAACAGAUCCAACAGUAACGACAACUACAUCUCAAGGAACUACAGCGCCAGGAGGGGAAACAACAACUACGCAGACAACAACUACUACUGUACCAACGACAAGUCCUCCAGAAACCACAUCUACAGGAGGACAAUCUACGACUACAAGGCCUACAACAAAUCCUCCAGUAACGUCGACUACGGUUCCAGAAACCACAGCGUCAGGAUAUGAUACAACGACCGUUGAGCCUACAACAGAUCCAUCAGUAACGACGACUACUUCUCAAGGAACCACAGUGACGGGAGGAGAAACAACAACUAUUCAGUCAUCAACAUAUUCUUCCAUGGCGUCGACAAUAGAUCAAGAAACCACAACAUCAGGAUAUGAUACGACGACUGUGGAACCUACAGGAGAUCCACCAGUUACGGGAGGAGAAACCACAACUGUUCAGCCAUCAACUGAUUCAUCUAUUAUGUCAACCACAAUUCAAGAGACUACUACGCCAGGUGAAUCAACAACUAAUAUGGCCCCAACAUCAACUACUCUCGGUACAACCACACCUAGUAUUUGUUUGCCUGGUGUCAAUGGACACUUCCCGCAUCCUACAGAUUGCGAUAAAUACUACUUGUGCUUAAACGGAUUUCCAGUAUUGUUUUCAUGUAUGAGUGGGUAUGAGUUUGAUCCUCUUGUUCAGCAAUGCGUUCCAAUUUCUGAAAAUGGAUGUUUUGCAAGCCUAGAGACGUCAACGUAUUCUAGGACUGAAUUAACAGACUCGGAGUCGACUGAAAAUAAUACUAUCACAGAACAAACUACUUUUGGCAAAAAUGUCUCAGACUAUUUAACAACUUCUAGUAAUGAAGAUAUUGAAUCAACAUCAGUUCUUACACCAACAACCGCUGAAAAUUAUCAAAGUACAACAGAAUCAAUAGAGACGACCACUACAAAUGUAUGUCCACCAGGAUUUUCUGGAGUUAUUCCUCAUCCUAUUUAUUGUGACAGAUUCUUUCAGUGCGCUGCUGGACGGCCUAUUCCACUUUAUUGUCUAGCUGGAUUUGAAUUUGAUGAUAAACUUCUGCAAUGCGUGCCUAUUUCUGAAAAUGGUUGUUUCGCAACUAGAAAUCAAACAACUACCACGGACAUUACAACAUCAAAUUCAGAGAGGACUGACGAUACAGAUUUGCCUUUAUCUACAACUCAAAAUCCGUCAGUUACAUCAACUACGGUUGAACAGACUACAGGGCCUGGAGGCGAUACAUCUACUAAUUUUGAAACAACAGAUCCAUCGUUAGAGUCAACAACUAUUCAGGAGACUACAGAGCCUGCAGGUGAAACAUCUACUAACAAUGAAACAACUGAUCCAUCAUUAGCGUCAAGUACCAUUCAGGAGACUACAGGGCCGGAAAGUGAAACAUCUACCAAUAAUAAUUUGUCAACUGAUCCAUCAUUUACGUCGACAAUCACUCAAACGACUGCAAAGCCUGGAGGUGAAACAUCUACUGUUAAUAUAUCAACGGAUCCAUCUUUAGCGUCAACUACCACUGAAGAAGUAACAGGGCCUGAAGAUGGAAUCACUACGGAUAAAGUACCAACAGAUCCAUCAGUUACAUCAACAACGGCUCAAGAGACAACUUGGGUAGACAAAGAAACAACAAGCGACCAGACGUCGACAACAACAAUUACUAAUUUAACAACAGAGGCACCUCAUAUAAUAACCACAAUGGCUAGUAUUUGCCCGCCUGGUUUCAUGGGGAACUUACCACAUCCUCAAGAUUGUGGCCUAUACUAUAUGUGUAUAGGUGGACGUGCAAUAUUGCUUUCAUGUUUGGAAGGACAAGAAUUUGAUCCACAGAUAAGUGAAUGUACGCCCAUAUCUGACGAUGGUUGCUAUGCAUUACAAGCCUCAAAUACGACUUCUACUCAAAGAACAACAAAUCAUGUGGAUGUGGAUGAUAUCACUACAGAUAAUGUAUCAACAGACACAUCUCAAGCAUCAACUACUGCUGAAGAGACUAUAGGGCCUGGAGAUGAUACGUCUACCGAUAAUCAAUCAACAGAUCCAUCAUUAGUGUCAACUGCCACUCAAGAGACUACAGGGCCUGAAAGUGAAACAUCUACCAAUAAUAAUGUAUCAACGGAUUCAUCUCUAGCGUCAACUACUAUGCAAGAAACAACAAAACCCGGAAGUGAAACAACUACUGAUAACAUGCCAACAGAUCCGUCGUUAGCGUCUAUAACGACUCAAGAGACAACUUGGCCAGAUAAUGGAACAACAAACAGUCAAGCAUCAACGAUAGUGGCAUCCACUACGACCACGGAAGCUAGUAUUUGCCCGCCUGGUUUCAUCGGAAACUUACCGCAUCCUGACAAUUGCGAGCUUUACUACACGUGCAUAGGUGGACGUGCCAUAUUGCUCUCAUGUACGGAGGGCUAUGAAUUUGAUCCUGAAAUAAAAGAUUGCGCUCCAAUAUCUGAAAAUGGAUGUUUUGCCUCUAAGGAAACACGAGAAAGCUCAACUCCAGAUGCCACAGAUAAUAAUGAUAUAAUAGAACAAACUACUUAUCAUAAAGAUAUAUCGGAUGAAUCUACAAUUUCUGAUGAUGAAGAUAUCAAAACAACAUUAAUUGUUACUCAAACAGCUUCUCAAAAUGAUCAAUUUACAACAGAAUCAGUAGAGACGACCACUACGAAUCUAUGUCCAUCAGGGUUUUCUGGAGUUAUUCCUCAUCCUAUUUAUUGUGACAGAUUCUUCCAGUGUGCCGCUGGCCGGCCUAUUCCACUUUAUUGUCCAGCUGGCUUUGAAUUUGAUUUUAAACUUUUGCGAUGCGUGACUAUUUCUGAAAAUGGUUGUUUCGCCUCUCAAAAUCAAGGAACAACAAUAGACAAAGAGGAAACUAUAAUAGAUAACGACGUCACUUCAAAAAAUCCUGAAGAUGAUACUGGAAGUGAAGUAACUACUGACGAAGUAUCGACCUAUACUGGAACGAAUAGCAAUGAAGUAACAAUAGAUUCUUCUAACAAUGAACAUAGCUCAGAAUCAGAUAAUUUUCUUCUGCCUUCGUCCACGUCUAGCAAACCUAUCAAAAUAACUGAAUCCACAAGUAUAGCUCCAGUGACAGUUACACCGAGUGUAUGUCCACCAAAUUUUGUUGGCUUUAUGGCGGACCCUGAAAGAUGCGAUAGGUUCUUCCAAUGUGUUGCUGGCCGUGCUAUACCCUUAUACUGUAGACAAGGAUAUGAAUUUGAUAGUAAAGUAGCACAAUGUAUCCCCAUAUCUGAAGAUGGUUGCCAUGCAUUGAAAGGCUUAGUUACUUUAUCGAAUACAGACGAUAUUACAAGAAGUAAUUCAACCAAAAUUGAUGUAAAUUCGACACAGAUUUGUCCACCUUCUCUAUCUGAUAAUAUACCAGAUCCGGAGUAUUGUGAUAGGUUUUACAAAUGCUCAGACGGCACUACUAUAGCGUUACGCUGUAGCGCUGGAUUUGAAUUUGAUCCCAAAUUUAAAAAAUGUAUCGAAAUUUCUGGACACGGAUGUUUUGCGAAAAGAGGAGACCAUGAAGCGUCAAAGUCACAACAGCAUGAACAUAUUGUGACAGAAAAC